GGCAGGGGUGCCCCGUCCCUCACUGGCUGACAAUGGCGGCCUCCAAGUCUGAAGAUAUUCUUGGGCAGAAAUGGGACCGCUGUGUUGCUGAUACCCUUAUUAAAAUUGGUGGAGGCCUUACUCUAGGAGUUGUAUUUUCUGCUAUUGUCUUUAAAAGGCGACCCUGGCCUCUCAUCUUUGGUCUAGGAUUUGGCACAGGUAUGGGGUAUGCCAAUUGUCAACAUGAUUUCAACGAACCAUUCCUAGUAAAAGCAGAAAAUGUUAUUGUGAAGCCCAAAUCUACCACUCUUGAGGCUCCUGCUACAGAAGCCCAGUAGUUUAAUAAUGUAAUAAAUUUGUAUAUUAUCGCUUAAGUCACUUUUGUAUAUUGAGGAAGCCUAUUUAAUGUCCUCUGAUUGGAGCUCAUGUACAGUACUGUAUAUGCAUUUAUUGAGUUAUGUACUUACUACAAACUUCAUGUUAUUUCAAUAAUGGCUUAUACCGAUGCAUUAUGUAAAACUUAUCUUUUGUAAAUAACAUCAAUGAUAUUUAGGCUUUUAUUUCCCUAAUGUGAAGUCUGAAAUUUAUAGACACACUUGUACGUAUCGCUCAUAUCUCUUUUCAUUACAUUAAAUGUGCAGUUCAUGUGGUUUCUUAUUCCUUCAUUUCUUUGUUCUUAUUCUUGACUUCUUGCUGCAUGACAUUGCUUCAGGCUGAAAGAGCAAGUCUGUAUACCUGCUUUUCUUAAAAAUAAAAAAAAAAAGUUAUGCAAAAUGCUUUUAAGCAAAGGUGGAGUAAUACCUGGAUAGUGUGUUAAUGUUGUCUGAUUCUUUUUGACUAGAAUAAAUGCUUUUAGACUUCUGAAAAUGAUCUUUGCAGAGAGACUUGGUCCCUCUUUCCCUAAAUUGCUAGAGGUUAUAUGGCUCUAAAUUCCAUGAAUGAUACAUAAUUGUCUGUAAUUGUUUUUCAUAUUUGGGUUCAUUUUGUCUAUAAAUACAAGAAUUUUAACUGAUUUUGCGGAAAGUUUCAUGCAUUAUACAGUGCUAUAAGAUGAUCGUGACUACAAAAUGUUAUUCCCAUUAAGUAAUAUAUUUUUGAAAUUUUGUUUUUAAAAUUAUUUUGUAUCAUAACUUGUGUGCAUUUUGGUAGAAAACAACUACAGCUCAACCUCUAUUAUCAAGGUGUGACACAAAACAUAUGGCGAGUAAGGAUUAAACCGAGUUCAGUCCCCACCCAUGGUAUGGUUUGUUUGCAAUUGUGUCAUUACGAUUUUGUGUGUCGAAUAAGAAUUCUUAUGCUAACAGUGUGUAUGUUGUAAUAAUCUUGGUAGAAUUAAUGACAAUGUGAUGGGUAAAAGGACACAAGUGCAACUAAUGUGACAUUUUAUUGUGGCAACAUUUCGCUCUCCAGGAGCUUUAUCAACGGUUUAACAAAGCUCCGGGAGAGCAAAAUAUUGCCACAAUAAAAUGUCACAUUAGUUGCACCUGUGUCCUUUUACCUAACAGUGUGCAUGUUCAGUUUUGAUGUAAAAUUAAAAUGCUUAAUUUUUGUUAAAUAAUACUAAAAAAAAUACUAACCAAAGUUAGGCUGACCAUGGAAAAUAUUAGGCUAUACUGUAUAUUAUUAUAUGUGAAUUUUUACAAGGUUAUGCUCCUAAGGCUUAGUACAAAAAUUAGAAAUUUAUGUACAAUAUUUAUUCAUUCUCCAUGGGGAAGUGGAACAGAAAUCUUCAUGCGUGUCACAAGAGGCAACUAAAAUGCUGGGAGCAAGGGGCUAGUAACCCCUCCUGAAUAAAUUACUAAAUUUAAAAAGAAAAA